CAUGUGGACAAUUUCUCGUUCGAGCGGCUCACAUUGACCUGUCCACACACGGCCCCUUGCUGAGACCCAUAGCAAUGUCGAUGUCAGCAACACACACGUCUCUAUGUGUUGUCUGUUCAUCCCCAAGACACACCGCCCCUAUCUACACAUGCAGGCAGUCAAGCCGCCCCUCCCCUCAUGCACACGUGAGCAUAAUCAAUCAGAACAGCGGCACCUUCCUCUCAGCUCGGAUCGAUGGGCGGACCACCCCCUCCCCACUCUUUUCCCCGACCCCGCUGCCCUUGGUGCGCCUGGUCUUGUAGACUACCUCUCGUCUGCCACUUCCUGCCGUAUGCUUGCUGCUCUGGCCAUCUCUCCGCCUCUCCUCUUUCGGGCGUGUGUCGCUCCUCUGUUGUUUGGGGUGUGGUGGAACGGGUGGCGACGCUGACGGUAGAGAGAAUGACGUCGUGACAGUGCAUGAUCCCCUCAACACGUCGUUGGCGUCAUCGUCGCCAUCAAAACAAUAAGCCUGAAGGACAGUGAAUGAGUCGACACACGUGUGCACUGGAGCAGUGUCGUCGCAUGUAGCCUCCCACCUUGGAUGCUUGUGCAGGCUCGUCUGGAGGCUCGUCGUCUUCAGCAUCGUUUGGCGAUGGGUCACUGUGCUCUUCAUCAUCGAUGGCAGGCUCAUCGCCCAACAUGUGUUCAUCAUCAGCAUCGUCACCUGAUGGGCAGACAGCAAGAAGGGACAUCGGCUCCUCACGUGGACUGGCUCCCUGCGCAUGUUGCUCCCCUCCUCCCCCUCACCGUCAUUGGGUUUCUUGCCGUGUAGUCUGACCAGCUUCUGCAGCGCGAGUUCAGCACUCGUCUGGCCCAGCUUGACCUGGGCAAGCUGCUGCCUCACCUCACGACGCCUCUCCUCUGCACAAAUGAUACCACAACACCCAGAGCACCAUUGACCAGAUGAAAGCGCCGCAAACGAUGCCGUGCUGUGUAAUUACUGCUCACGUUUCAUGGCCCUGACGUCCUCCCUCUCCUUCUCCUUCUUUUCUGCCUUGGCCUUGUCCCUCCUCGCCUGUUUGCGCUUCCCAAAACCAGUCAAAUAGCUCCUGCACAACACAACACAGCACCGAUACUGGUACACGACACACGAAGAAUGCACAUCGAUCAUCACACCUUCUGGAAGAUUCAUCGAAGGACACCUCAGAUCCCUUUCGUUUCUUCAUUCUUUUCCAAAGAUCCUUCUGCCUCCGGCUACCUGUUAACUACCCCAAACAGCAAGGAGCGGGGAGAUCCG